GUCCGCAUCAUCGUCCUCAUUGAUCAUCGUGGUCGUCAUCAUCAUACCAUACAGAGAAUAUGCAUGGUUUGUGGUCCUUCUAACAGCGCGAAACAUCUGUCAGUUUUCCUUCAAAAAUGGAAAAGCGAAGGCAAAACCAAAGUUUGUUGUGGGAGUGGGACGUGACACCCCGCACACAUCAGUUCAUUUCAGUUUCAGCAGGUCAGUUUUCGUCCUGAUACUCUGUCGCUGCAGCGGUGCCGGUGCAGCGCUAGCUGCAGUUGGGUUGCGGCCGCAGAGCAGCAGCAGGAAGGAUGGCGACCAAGGUGGUGGUGGACCUGCGGUCCGACACGGUCACCAAGCCUUCCGAGGCCAUGCGCGCGUCCAUGGCCGCGGCCGACGUCGACGACGACGUCCGGGGCGCGGACCCGACCGCGCGCCGCUUCCAGGAGGAGAUGGCGGCGCUCAUGGGCAAGGAGGCCGCGCUCUUCGUCCCGUCGGGGACCAUGGGCAACCUCGUGUCCGUCCUCGCGCACUGCGACGUCCGCGGCAGCGAGGUCAUCCUCGGCGACGACUCGCACAUCCACCUCUACGAGAACGGCGGCAUCUCCACCCUCGGCGGCGUGCACCCUAAGACCGUCAGAAACAACUCCGACGGCACCAUGGACAUCGACAGCAUCGUCGCUGCAAUCAGGCCUCCCGGCGGUGGCCUGUAUUACCCGACCACCAGGCUCAUCUGCUUGGAGAACACACAUGGGAAUUCCGGAGGGAAGUGUUUAUCCGCAGAAUACACUGAAAAGGUUGGCGAAAUUGCCAAGAGUCAUGGCCUGAAGCUUCAUAUCGAUGGAGCUCGCAUUUUCAACGCCUCUGUGGCACUUGGAGUUCCUGUGGACAGACUUGUGAGAGCUGCAGAUUCAGUUUCGGUAUGCAUUUCUAAAGGUUUAGGCGCCCCCGUUGGAUCAGUUAUUGUUGGCUCGAAGGCCUUCAUCGACAAGGCCAAAAUUCUCCGGAAGACCCUAGGUGGUGGAAUGAGGCAGGUUGGAGUUCUCUGUGCUGCUGCUCAUGUUGCCGUUCGUGACAAUGUGGGAAAGCUUGCAGAUGACCACAGAAAGGCUAAAGCUUUGGCAGACGGACUGAAUAAAAUCGAACAGUUCAGAGUGGAUUCAGCAUCAGUCCAGACCAAUAUGGUAUUCUUGGACAUCGUGGAUUCACGCAUAUCAUCUAACAAGCUGUGCCAGGUUCUGGGAACGCACAAUGUGCUCGCAAGUCCAAGGAGUCCAAAAAGAAAGCUGCUGAACAGCUACUAAUGGGCAGUACUGAACUCGAGCAUUUGGCUGAACAGCUACUGAUGGGCACUACCAAGAACUCGUACGGGCAAUAGGGCACCCUGAUGCAUAAGCUCGGUGUGGUCUUAUCUGUAAUCAGCUCGAAAUAUUGUAGCCGCACCAAACCUUUGCUGAAUAACUGUUGCUUCUCACUUGUUUAUUGGAUGUGUUCGUUCCUGUGCUUUGGCCUGUUUGGUUUAA